AUGACUCACGGUACGAAUAGAGAUAUACAUGGGAGGACUACACAGCACGCAUCCGUGCGGCGUGAACGAGCGCGUGCAGUAUCUCAGGUGACUGAUGGAGCUGCUGUUCCAUCUGAUACACCCGCUUCAAUUUGGGCCUUCUACAUCUGCAAUACAGGAUCUGGUGUGCCACUUCUGGCGGGACACGAGGAUGAGCCGGUGCCAGAGCCUAUCUGGUAUCCUGGGGGUCCUAUAGACGCAUCCCUUUUGACAAGGUAUGACGAUCAUGCAGCUAGGCGUAUAUGGGAUAGAGAGAGGUUCUACAUCCACGACCAGAAGAUUGCGGGUCUUGCGCAGCCUGACGAGUCGUGGUUCCAGGAUGUACUAGCAGCUUCUGGCCUGAGGGACCUCUGUCAGGUGGGCUACACGACGAUACAUAAUGGGAUGAUGAUAGCAUUGGCGGAGAGAUGGCAUCCGAAGACUUCCUCAUUUCAUCUUCCUCACGGCGAGAUUACCAUCACUCUAGAUGAUGUGGCAUGCCUCCUGCAUCUACCUAUCAGGGGUACUCUCCUUGAUCACGGUAGGCUGACGAAGGAGGAAGCGAUGGAGAUGCUGAUUGUUGAGCUGGGGUGUGAUCCGAAUGACGCACUUGAGGAGGUAGAGAGGACCCGCGGGGCGUAUGUGAGGUUUCACACCUUGCAGAGGUUAUAUGACGUGGAGCUUCUUGCGGCACAUCAGGCUGCUGGCGACGAGGUGGAGGCAGAUAUACGCAGAUAA